AGCGAUUCGACGCGACGGCGAUUUUCAAGUUUUCAUCUCAUUUCAAAUCUUCCAUAGUGCCUCUGUGAUUGUCGUUUCAUAUCGCCAUCCUCCCUUUUCUCUUCUUUCUUAUCCUUUCCCCCCUUAUCAUCUAUCACACACCUCGCGCAGGUUUCGCAGAGUCGAGUUAUCAAAUUCUGGUGACGCUUCUUCUUCGUUCCCCCACUUCCACCACUACCUGCGAGAGAAAAAAAAACAAGGGCUGGGCUGGCUCAACUCUUCCUUGCUCAUGCAGCAGCGCCAAUCAAGCUGACUCGCAACAAUCCAAUCCAAUCGUCGAUACCCCAAAGAAGCAAAAAAUAAACAAAAACAAACACCAUCAUCCUAUCCGCAACCGCACCAUCUCAACAUCUACAGUCGCCUCAUCCCCAUGGUCUCUCAACCCGAUCCCCCUUCGUCUCUCGCAAUCCGCGGCACCUCGUCCCUUGUCUCGCGCCCGUCUGCACGAAGCAAGCGCUACAACCGCUCACAAGUCGGAGGCACCAACUCGUACUUACCGCAGAAUGAAUUCCCCGUCUUCUCCCACAGCGGCGAUGUCGAGAUCCUGAUCCGCGCCGGGCCCGUCGAGAACCGAUAUCUGCUGCACCGCCACACGCUCACCAGAUGCAGUGGCUUCUUCGAGGCCAGCACUUCGUCCGAAUGGUCGCGAGCCCAACCACUGCUGCCAAGCGGUCACGAGCUGUCGAAGAUCGGUGAGGACGGCAACGCAUCCGCAGCAGAUGGAGAUUCUGAGCUGGGAGGAGCCACACCCACGAAGAAAUGGAGAUACGAGCUGGACUCGGGCUCGGGCGACAACGACAUCCCCAUGCUGGUCCAGCGAGACGAGCCUCGAGACGACGGGCGCUCGCUCGGGUCGUCUCUCUUCGGUCCCGGCCCCAAGACAUCAUCGCAGUCGCGCUCACAUCACAAGAGCAGCAGCUACCCGUCAAAGCGCGACUACUCUCGCUCUGUUAUGAGCCUCGGCCAACAGCCCCAGACUCUCUCGCAGGCCGACGAGGAUCUACUGCGGGAUUACGACAACCUGUUCCGCACCUUUUACAACUACCCGCCCGUGCUGGACAGCAUCAACGUUGCCGACGCCUACGUGCAAUGCAAGAGCCUGCUGACGCUGGCUGAUCAAUACGACGCCCUCCCCGUCAUCGGCCCCCGCGUGGACCAUCACCUGCUUCAGUUCCAGUCCCGCCUGUGGAAGCAGAUCGCAAAGUACCCCAUCUCAUACCUCCGGCUCGGCUACCUGGCCCGCAGCAAGGUCAUUUUCCAGGAGGCCCUGAUCCACGUCGUUGGCCAGUGGCCCGCGGGUGAGCGUAGCCUGCGCGCCACCAUGCCCGAUAUUGUGCUGGACAUCAUCGAGGACAAGGUAGACGAGCUGGAGGAGACAGUCAGCCGCGUCGAGGGCCGCCUGUUCCGCCUCAACCUAACUACGUCCCGCGGCGAGCGCGUCAGCCCCAACAACGGCUACCUCGACUGGCUGGCCACGAGCCUCUUCCGCCAAUGGAUCGCCGACAACACCACGCCUCAGCCACCCCCCGAGUUCCGCCGCCCGGGAUCCCGAGACACAAACCGCCCCGCCGCUCCACUACCAUCUGCUCCUCCGGCCCCGCCUCUCACCGCAGUCGGCCGGGCCUACCGCACGCUCGGCUCCGGCAAUCCGAACACGUUCCUCGGCCACGACGAGUGUAAGAAGUUCCUCAAGCUGACGCCCGAGUUCUACAGCCGCGAGAACCUGCGGCGCUUUGAGAAGCGCAUGGACGAGCUCAAGGCCAUGGCACGGUCCGUCGUCCGACCCCUUAUGAACAGCGGCCUGGAGCUAGACUUGAGCGGCUCCAGCCGCGUUGCCGAUAGCAUCGGGUACUUGACGUGCACCGAAGUCGGCAACAGGGACCUGCCCUGGACGGUAGAUGAAUGAUACCUAUAUAAGAGAAGCAAACUAACAAAGGAAAAAAAAGGAGGGGAGUACAUAUAAUGAAGAAAACAAUGACAAUAUGAGCAAGCAUGGGAGGAGUGUUGCAUAACAGCAUGGCAAUGAUAUAUAUGUACGCAUGCUUUAUCGACAAUUUUUUGCAUAUUUGGCAGAAACAUGAAAUGAUAUGAAUGAGACGAGACAGGGGGCGAGAUGAGAUGAAUGGAUGAUGAUCACGUUAUACGACGAUUUUUUGAUGGGUAGCAUGCCCCGACUGCAUCACACGAAAUGAAUAGGUUACUUCUUCUCUUUCUUCUUUUUUUCUUCUUUUUUUUCUUUUUUUUCUCGAGUUUAUAUGCCUUUACUUCUGGUUGUAUAAGAUUAUACCCC